UCUCUUUUCCGCAGUGGUAGGAUGCGUGCUUGCGCAGUACGCACGGCGGGGGUGGGGCUGGCGGCCGGCGGCGGUCGGGCGGCUGAGGCUCGGGGCCUGGUCCCCCAACAUCAUGGCCAAGACCGUGGCGUAUUUCUAUGACCCCGAUGUGGGCAACUUCCACUACGGAGCUGGGCACCCGAUGAAGCCCCAUCGCCUGGCGUUGACUCAUAGUCUAGUCUUGCAUUAUGGUCUCUAUAAGAAGAUGAUCGUCUUCAAGCCUUAUCAGGCCUCCCAGCAUGACAUGUGCCGCUUCCAUUCUGAGGACUACAUCGACUUCCUGCAGAGAGUCAGCCCCACCAAUAUGCAGGGUUUCACUAAGAGCCUUAAUGCCUUCAACGUGGGCGAUGACUGCCCAGUGUUUCCCGGGCUCUUCGAGUUCUGCUCCCGUUACACAGGUGCAUCUCUGCAAGGAGCAACACAGCUGAACAACAAGAUCUGUGAUAUUGCCAUCAACUGGGCUGGUGGUCUACACCAUGCCAAGAAGUUUGAGGCCUCUGGCUUCUGCUAUGUCAAUGACAUUGUGAUUGGUAUCCUGGAGCUGCUCAAGUACCACCCCCGGGUGCUCUACAUCGAUAUCGACAUCCACCAUGGUGAUGGCGUCCAGGAAGCCUUCUACCUCACUGACCGGGUCAUGACUGUGUCAUUCCACAAAUAUGGAAAUUACUUCUUUCCUGGAACAGGUGACAUGUAUGAAGUUGGAGCAGAGAGUGGCCGCUACUAUUGUCUCAAUGUGCCCUUACGGGACGGCAUUGAUGACCAGAGUUACAAGCACCUUUUCCAGCCAGUCAUCAGCCAGGUGGUGGACUUCUACCAGCCUACAUGCAUCGUGCUUCAGUGUGGAGCUGACUCCCUGGGCUGUGAUCGAUUAGGCUGUUUUAAUCUCAGCAUACGAGGACAUGGGGAAUGUGUUGAAUAUGUCAAGAGCUUCAAUAUCCCACUCUUGGUACUGGGUGGUGGUGGUUACACUGUCCGAAAUGUUGCCCGGUGCUGGACAUAUGAAACAUCUCUGCUGGUAGAAGAGGCCAUUAGUGAGGAACUUCCCUACAGUGAAUACUUUGAGUACUUUGCUCCGGACUUCACGCUCCAUCCAGAUGUCAGCACCCGCAUCGAGAAUCAGAACUCACGGCAGUAUCUGGACCAGAUCCGUCAGACAAUCUUUGAAAACUUGAAGAUGCUAAACCAUGCGCCUAGUGUCCAGAUUCAUGAUGUCCCUGCAGACCUCCUCACAUAUGACAGGACUGAUGAGGCUGAUGCAGAAGAGCGGGGUCCUGAGGAGAACUACAGCAGGCCAGAGGCACCCAAUGAAUUCUAUGAUGGAGACCAUGACAAUGACAAAGAAAGUGAUGUGGAGAUUUAAGAGCGGCAUGGAUGUGGUGUCCCCGGGAAUUCCUUUUCAUUCCCUUGGGUGCGAAGGAAAGUAUGGGUCCCCCAGUCCUGACUGGGUACCCCCAGGGCUUUUGCAAACUCUGGUGAAGGGUUUGGAAACCACAUGUGGCUCUAGAAUCAUCUACCCCCUUUCCUCAAACUGUCAUAGCCUGAUGGUCCCUGUUAGGGAUGAGAUAGGGACAAAGGUAUCUGGAACAUGAUGGGUAAUGAGCCCUAGAGGCUGCUCCCCAGCCCCUCUGGCCCUGUAUUUGUCCCCUCCCUGCUUCCACCUCAGAGACUUUUACAGAUGAGAUUUUUGACAGUUAUAAGGUCACCUCUGACUUCCUCCUGGGUUCCUCUACUGCACUUCUUGCUUCCAUGGCAGGUGAACAGUGAAGGGGAGGAGGGCCUGGCUCUCUGAAACCUUCACUGCCGAUGAAGUAGGGGGAGGACGUGAAGAUGUUCUGUUCUAACUGGCUUUAUGUCCAUUUGACCACUGUUUUUAAUCUAAUAAACCAAUUGGUAUUUUUUUGUACCUUUCUGGGAAUUGUAAUUCUUGUUAGCUACCUAUGUAUGAUGGGAAAAGGAAAUAGAGAUGAUGAUGUGUAUAAUAAAAUUGUUAAUGUUCACUCAGUACUUUA